AUAGGACUACCAAGUCAUACCAAGGUCUGUUUUCCCUUGCUGAUGGCAAGACACAUGUUGUGAUAUUAAAAAAAGAGAAAAUCUUCACCUACUGGCUGGAACAAUUUAAUACUUGAUUAUGGCAACAAGCACCAAUCUACAAGGAUUUAAUCUGGAGGAAAACAAAGAUAAUGUAUAUGAAACUGUCCUUGGUGAGAUUAAAUACCUGGAGCUGCCUUUAGGAAUCACUUUAGGGUCUGUGUAUGAUGAUCAGCCAAAUGCACACCAAAAGUUUAUGGAAAAAUUGGAUGCAUGUAUACGUAAUCAUGACAAAGAGAUUGAAAAAAUGUGCAAUUUUCACCAUCAAGGAUUUGUGGAUGCCAUUACAGAACUUCUUAAAGUAAGGGCUGAUGCAGAGAAACUAAAGGUCCAAGUUACUGAUACAAACAGAAGACUUCAAGAAGCUGGGAAAGAGGUGCUAGCUCAGACAGAGGAAGUCAUCCAGAGUAGACUUCAGCAGAGGAAUAUUAUGACCGUGGUCGAAAAACUUCAGUUGUGCCUUCCAGUAUUGGAGAUGUACAGCAAAUUAAAAGAGCAGAUGAAUGUCAGAAGAUAUUAUUCUGCUCUAAAAACAAUGGAACAGCUAGAAAACAUAUACUUCCCUAGAGUUAAUCAGUAUCGGUUUUGCCAAAUCAUGAUGGGGAACCUUCCAAAGCUUCGUGAGGAAAUUAAAGGGAUUUCCAUGUCAGAUCUGAAAGACUUCCUGGAGAGCAUCCGGAAGCAUUCAGAUAAAAUUGGUGAAAUGGCAAUGAAACAGGCACAGCAGCAAAAAACUUUUAAUACUGCUCUUCAGAAGCAGAGCAGUUUGUGCUGUGGAAAGAAUGUAUACAUAAAUAGCAAUGGAAUUGCAGAAGCAAGGAGUGAAAUAGUUUCAAAGCAAAACGUAGAAGAUGAAGAAGAACACGAAGAGGAGGUUUUGACUGCUCACGAUUUGGUAGAUUUUUCUCCUGUAUAUAGAUGCCUACAUAUUUAUUCAGUUCUGGGUGAUGCAGAAACAUUUGAAAACUACUAUAGAAAACAGAGGAGGAAACAAGCAAGACUAGUUUUACAGCCACAGUCAAACAUGCAUGAAACAGUAGAAGAUUACAGAAGAUACUUCAGUCAAAUUGUAGGUUUUUUUGUCGUGGAGGAUCACAUUUUACACGCAACCCAAGGAUUAAUAACAAGAGCUUAUACAGAUGAACUUUGGAAUAUGGCACUUUCAAAGAUUAUCGCUGUCCUUAGAACUCAUUCAUCCUAUUGCACUGAUCCUGAUCUCGUUCUGGAGCUGAAGAAUCUGAUAGUUGUCUUUGCGGAUACUUUGCAGGGUUAUGGUUUUCCCGUCAACAGACUAUUUGAUCUUUUACUUGAAAUAAGAGACCAGUACAAUGAGACACUUCUUAAAAAAUGGGCUAUAUUGUUCAGGGAUAUUUUUGAAGCAGAUAAUUACAGUCCAAUUCCUGUAUCAAAUGAGGAAGAGUACAAACUUGUGAUUAGUAAAUUUCCUUUUCAAGAUCCAGAACUUGACAAGCACCGUUUUCCAAAGAAACUUCCAAUGUCACAGUCAGUGCCUCAGAUUUAUAUCCAGGUUAAAGAAUUUAUUUAUGCAAGCCUUAAAUUUUCAGAGUCACUUCAUCGGAGUUCAACAGAGAUAGAUGACAUGCUUAGAAAAUCUACAAAUUUAUUGCUGACUAGAACUUUAAGCAGUUGUUUACAAAACCUCAUUAAAAAACCUCACAUAGGUUUGACAGAGCUGGUGCAAAUUAUCAUAAAUACAACACAUUUGGAACAAGCAUGUAAAUACCUUGAAGACUUUAUAACUAACAUUACAAAUAUUUCCCAAGAAACUCUCCACACAGCAAGACUGUAUGGUCUUUCAACAUUUAAGGAUGCAAGACAUGCUGCUGAAGGGGAGAUUUAUACGAAACUUAAUCAGAAGAUUGAUGAAUUUAUCCAGCUUGCUGACUAUGAUUGGACAAUGAUUGAGCCUGAUGGGAGAGCUAGUGGCUAUUUAAUGGAUCUAAUUAAUUUCUUAAGAAGUAUCUUUCAGGUUUUUACUCAUUUGCCUAAUAACAACAAUGACUAUGCAGCUAUGUCGGGAAAAGUAGCUCAGACUGCUUGUAUGUCUGCUUGCCAGCAUCUCUCAACCUCCCUGAUGCAGAUGCUGUUGGAUAGCGACUUGAAACAGAUCAGCAUGGGAGCUAUUCAGCAAUUUAAUUUAGAUGUCAUACAGUGUGAAUUGUUUGCAAGUUCUGAGCCUGUACCUGGAUUCCAUGGAGAAACCUUGCAAUUAGCAUUCAUUGAUCUCAGACAACUCCUGGAUCUCUUCAUGGUGUGGGACUGGUCGACCUACCUGGCCGAUUACGGGCAGCCCAGCUCCAAGUACCUGCGCGUCAACCCCAGCACAGCUUUGGCCCUCUUGGAGAAAGUCCACCGAGGGAUGAAAGAUGUGAACAAAAAGAACCACCUUUUUGCCCAGUUCCGGAAGAACGACCGCGACAAGCAGAAGCUCAUCGAGACGGUGGUGCGGCAGCUCCGGGGAUUGGCCAACUGCAUCGCCCAGCACCCGUGAAAGCGGUCCCGCCCCACCUCACCCCACCCAAUCCGCCGCCGAGCCGGGCUCCCGAGAAGCUGGUUCCGGUGAAAGGGCCGCUGAUUUGACGGAGAACGAGAAGGAGGCCCUGGAAGGGACCGGCCGAAGGGAAGAGCUCCUUCCCUGCGUGGCACCCCUUGAAGAGGAGGGCAAGCCUUGCCAAGGGGAAGCGGGCCUCUGCCUGUAUUGGCUGUCCCUGCCGUACUCGAUUGUAAAUACGAUUUUAGGAGAAGACCUCAUGGUCCUCCCCGGCGUCCCCGAAAGGCCAUUUAGUGUCUUCUGCUCCAAGGUCCCAUUUUCCAAGCAGCGAUUUUUCUCGACUCGGACGUUUCCUACUUGCCCCUCUGCUUCCCUGCCUCCGCAUUAUAUUUGUUUGUUGUAAGCCUUAAGUAACCCUGACAUCAGAAUUUCUCCCUUUUUUCAGGUGGGGGAGCCAAAAAGUGCGGGGAGCCAUUUUGUAGUACCCUUUAAACUACCUAACUGGAACUCGGUCCCGAUGGUGUCCGAACGACUUUGACGCUGGAUAGCAGCCUCCCGCCCUUCCAUUUUUCUCCGGGGAUCGGCCAGCGUUGGGUGUGGGGCACUGGGGGAGGGAGGUUUCCUGGGUCUAGGUGCCCCCCCUUCUGCCAGGGAGCGGCCUUGCUGGGAAGACAAGCGAAUGUAUCCUGAAGGGAAUGCCCCAUAACUGUGGGACUUGUAGAGAAUGUCCACUUUCUUCCCAUUCCUCGCAGCUGAUUAAAUUAUUUGACGGUCCUGCUGAA